AUGCGCGAAAGCGAAGGUAGCCCCUUUAAGAACCAAUCUAUACCUAGGUUAGAACUAUGUAGCGCGUUAUUACUAUGUAAAUUAAUCAAUAAUGUAAAACACGCCAUUCACAUUGAAAUCGAUAAAAUACGGGCAUGGUCUGAUUCCAUGGUCGUGCUGUACUGGCUUCGCGGCGACGUAGCGCGUUGGAAAACUUUCGUAUCCAACUGUGUGUCGGAAAUUAGCGAAAUACUGUCUGCUAUUCAUUGGAACCAUGUAAAAGGUUCGGAGAAUCCCGCAGAUCUGAUCUCAAGAGGAGUUUCACCUGCUCAGCUGAAGGAUAAUUCCUUAUGGUGGAAUGGCUCUAAAUGGUUGUCAUAUAUUCGUCCCAUCACAAGCGAAAGAAAUCUCGAUUUGAAAUUCGCCGAGGAUGCCGUACACAGAGCCGAGAUUGAAGCUAAGCAACUCACAGCAGUUUGCAAUCUCAUCGUACCUCAAUUAUUGGUUUCCAACGAGACAAUCAACACACUCAUCACGAACUGCUCAACGUUCACAAGGAUUGAGCGGAUACUUGCCUAUUGCAUUAGAUUUCUUCAUAAUUGUCGCAAAGGACAUGAAGACCGAGAAUUAUUUAAAUUGACUCUACCUGAGUUGGAGUUAUCAAGACACGAGGUACUCAAGCAUUCACAACGUGUCUACUUCGCGAAAGAACUAAAAUGCCUUCAAAACAAACGAGAACCACGUUACGCCGCUUCAUUGGUCGGCUUCAUUGGUUCGCCUCGAAAGAUUUACAGCGAUAACGCCAAUUUCGUGGGUGCUAAACGCGAAUUACAAGAAUUGUACGCUUUUCUCCACACAUCCAUCAACGGGGAAGUUGGCGACGCGUUGCAGGAGAGAGGCAUAGAAUGGAGCUUUAUUCCUCCAUAUUCGCCGCAUCUAGAAGGUCUAUGGGAAGCAGGAGUCAAAUCUUGUAAAUAUCAUCUCCGCAGAAUCAUGGGUAAUGCCUUAUUUACCUUUAAGGAAUUAACUACGUCUCUCGUACAGAUUGAAGCGUGCUUGAAUUCGAGGCCAUUGUCACCUCUAUCGUCUGAUCUGGAACCUUUAACACCAGGACAUUUCCUGAUAGAAGAACCACUAACCAGCCUUCCGGACAACUGA